GAAUUUUUAUUAACUCCUUUAUUUGUAUUAUUUAGAACUUGUUGAGUUUAAAGCUUGACUAAACGAAUAACUAAAAAUCAACAAUAAAAAUAUUUUAAAUAAAAUAUUUGCGUGUUUCAUAAAUUUACUUAUAAAAAAAAAAAAGACCGUAAAGACUUCGCACGAAACGAGGAACUAAGCGAAAAAAGUAGAUUAACUUCCUAUUUUUUUGCCCGGAAUACAAAAGAAAUACACCAAUAUUUCAUCAAUAAUGAAUAUGAAAAAAAAGUGUAAAGUGGAAUUAUUAAAGUUAAUAAAGUGAAUCUUAUUCCAAUAGCUGUUCAAGAAAUCAGAGAAAUAAUUCGUCAUUUUAUGCGCUCUGUUCUGUUCUUGCAUUGACUUUGCUGCAUGACUUUUAACUGCGAUUGUAAAUAGUUUUACGUAUUUAAAUCGAUGUGUGCGCGCGUGUGUGAACUUGAAAUUUUAUAUUGACAAACUAUAUAUAAAAAGCUAUCAAAAAUUAUACAAAUAUUUUUAAUUAUACAAUAAUAAAAACAACGACGGCUUCACUGGUCUCCAAGUAGCGACAACAUUAACAAUAUGGCGGAUUCGUAUUAUCAGGGCGAUUAUAUAAAACAUCCUGUGUUAUAUGAGUUAAGCCACAAAUAUGGUUUCACGGAUAAUUUACCGGAAAGUGCUUUACCAGAUCGUCUCGAAGAGAUUAAGGAGGCGAUACGACGUGAAAUACGUAAAGAAUUGAAGAUAAAGGAAGGCGCUGAAAAAUUGCGUGAAGUUGCCAAAGAUCGUCGUUCAUUGAACGAUGUUGCCACCAUUGUGAAGAAGAGUAACAGUAAAAUUGCGGAAUUAAAAUCUGAAUUGCAAGAGCUCGAAUCACAAAUACUCUUAACACAGGGGAAUACGGCGGUGACUAAUAAUGGCAGAGAUAUCCUCCUGCCGAAUGCACUCUCACAAGGCAGCCUGGGGAGCAAUUCACAGUCAAGUGAUCGUAAUAAUGGGGGCAGCGGUGAUGGUCUCAUAUCGGGCGGCCACGAACAGCUUAGUGCCAACGAUAAGCUAAUGUUAUCAUUGGAAAAACAACUAAAUAUUGAGAUGAAAGUUAAGAAUGGCGCUGAGAAUAUGAUACAAUCAUUGCAAAGCGGUCAUUAUGGACGUGAUAAGAAACUGUUGGCGGAAGCUCAACAAAUGUUAACCGAUUCGAAAGCGAAAAUUGAAUUCUUACGUUUGCGCAUCUUAAAAGUCAAGCAGAACAAGGAACAUGCAAACAAGCUGGCAGCUCAGAUUGUCGCAAAUGCCGAAGAGAAUGGUGGCAGCGGAGUUGGAGGUGUUGGCGGCUUAAUGCCGCAACGUUUGGAGACAUCAUUGGAAGAACGCAUCGAAGAGUUGAGGCAUCGUUUACGCAUCGAAGCAGCUGUAGUGGACGGAGCUAAAAAUGUGAUACGUAUUUUACAGAAUAAUAAAGUACCGGAUAAGAAAGCGUUACAAGAGGCUCAUGUGCGUCUUUCGGAAUCUUCACGGAAACUUGAUCUCUUGCGUCACUCUUUGGAUUUACGACGUCUGGAGUUGCCAGCCGAUUCUUUGGCUGCUCAACAAUUAAAAUCAGAAUUACAAUCCGUGCAGCAAGCUUCCUCGCCGGUACCAUUCAAUUACACCUCCUUGCAACCUUUUCAUGGUGGUCUUUUGGGCGGUAAACCCUAUCAACAGGUUUCAACAUUGGGUCGUUGUGCUAGUGUUACGGGUAAGUUAGAGGUGCGUUUAAUGGGUUGCCAGGGUCUGUUAGAAGAUGUGCCCGGGCGAUCGCGUCGCGAUAAAGACAACAAUUCUAGUCCCGGCGACUUGAGAAGUUUUGUGAAAGGUGUCACUUCACGCAGCAGCUCAAAAAGUUACUCGGUUAAGGAUGAAACUUCAUCAGACAUUAUGGCUGUUAUAAAAUUGGACAAUAUAACUGUGGCGCAAACGUCAUGGAAACCUUGCUCGCAACAAGCUUGGGAUCAACGUUUCUCUAUUGAUCUAGAUCGUUCACGUGAAUUAGAAAUCGGUGUUUAUUGGCGCGAUUGGCGUUCUCUGUGCGCCGUAAAAUUUUUACGCUUGGAAGAAUUUAUCGAUGAUGUACGACAUGGUAUGGCGUUGCAGUUGGAACCUCAGGGCUUGCUUUUUGCGGAAAUAAAAUUUUUAAAUCCAAUGAUUUCGCAAAAACCAAAGCUACAGCGGCAGCGUAUGAUUUUCAAUAAGCAACAAGUCAAAAAUAUACCCCGAGCUAAGCAGAUGAACAUCAAUGUGGCCACUUGGGGUCGUUUAUUGAAACGCAAUGCUCCAAGCAAUAGUGCUUUAAAUCAAGCCAAUCGUUCGACUACCGCACGAGACAGUGAAUCACCAAUAUCACGUACUCCUUCGUCUGGAACCAUAGACGCGGAACCAGAACCUUAUUCCCCCGGGAUAAUGGCGCAAAACUUGCAAUACGAUCCAGAUGCCGGUGCAGGGGAGCACGUAGAGACACCUGGCGAGUGUCCAGAUCCUGCCGUUUCGGGUCUUAGUGGCUUGCGUCCGCUCUCCAUGCAAGGCAUAGCUGCCUUGCCGCCGGAGAUUCCAGUAGCACCACCUUCAGUGAAACAGAACAAUGUUAACGUUAACAAUAAUUUGCGCUUGAAUAUUGUGGGUAAAAAUGCUGGUCCAAAUCCUAUACCGAAACCGCCAGCUAGUGGCUCGAAAUUGCCAACACCGACUGAACAAUUGCCAACUCCGCCAGCAGUUCCGGCCACUUCACCACCAAAGCUGGAUCAAGAGAACACUUUAAUGCCACCCUUACCCUCAAGUGGAGGCGGAAGUGUGGCUAACAUAUAUCAUCGUCCGGUGCUGGCAAUGCCACCUGUUGUUUUAAUGGGCGGCCAAACGGAAUACAACAAUAGUCCAAUUAUUGAAAUGCCUCCCUCACCUGCUCCCAUUGUAGAGUAUCCUGAAGACGAUGAUUAUACACAAAAUUACCGCAAUUGUAGUAUUGCUGCUAGCGAUGGCUUCCAAGUAGAGGCUCACAUAAAUCUUGUACAUAUAAGCAUUGAACCUUUAAGUGACAUUACUUUAAAUUUACCAACGAUCACUGCAACGACAACAACAACAACAACAACAACCACAUCAGCAACAUUAUGCGACAAGCAUGCUUUUACCGCCACUAUAGCGACAUCAACAACAACAACAACAACAACAACAAAUAUCAAUACAUUUGACUCUUUAACAACACUAUCACCAGCGACACUCUCUAUUACAUCAUCAUCUGCUCCCAUAUAUAUCAGUACACUUGAAUACUUUAUAGAAAGCCAUAAAACAGAUGAACAUGAUGCGAAGGUUAUACCACAAUUUAGCAACCUUUCUAUAAGCAAUAAUAACCUACAACAACAACAGCAACAACAGUCAACACAAUCCUCACCAGUUAUACAAGAGCCACCGACACCAUUGGUGUAUGGUAGCAGUCAGAUAACUGGUAACGAACUCUUGGCGCCACAGUUUCCAGCACCUCAACCGGCCCAGCGUCAACAGGUUUUCGGAGGUAAUAUUGGAUGCAUUAGUGGUUAUCAGCAGCAGCAGCAGCAGCAGCAGCAACAGCAGCAGCCUAUCUAUCAAAAUCAAUUUGAAUUACAACAUCAACAACAGCACCAACAACAACAGCAACAGCAGCAACAUGCUCAAUCGCGUCGGAAUGUUGCUCGUGGUCUACAAUAUCGUGACCCGGCGUAUGAGCCUAGAAGGCAAUCUCAAAAUGUCGCCACUGGUUCGCCCGGCAUCCUCUCAAUGGAUAAUUUCCGGAUGCUUAGUGUAUUGGGUCGAGGCCAUUUCGGCAAAGUUAUUUUGAGUCAAUUACGCACUAACAAUCAAUAUUACGCGAUCAAGGCUCUAAAGAAAGGCGACAUCAUCGCACGUGAUGAAGUUGAAUCACUGCUUAGUGAGAAACGUAUUUUUGAGGUGGCCAACGCUAUGCGUCAUCCAUUUUUGGUUAAUCUAUAUGCAUGCUUUCAGACCGAACAACAUGUUUGUUUUGUCAUGGAAUAUGCAGCUGGUGGUGAUUUAAUGAUGCAUAUUCAUACUGAUGUAUUUUCGGAACCGCGUGCCGUAUUCUACGCUGCCUGCGUGGUGUUGGGGUUGCAAUAUUUGCAUGAGAAUAAAAUCAUUUAUCGCGAUCUGAAAUUGGAUAAUUUGCUAUUGGACACUGAAGGUUACGUGAAAAUUGCUGACUUCGGUUUAUGCAAAGAAGGUAUGGGCUUUGGAGAUCGCACUGGAACAUUUUGCGGUACACCCGAAUUUUUAGCACCCGAAGUAUUGACUGAUACCUCUUACACACGUGCUGUAGAUUGGUGGGGUUUAGGUGUUUUAAUAUUUGAAAUGUUAGUGGGUGAGUCCCCUUUCCCUGGUGAUGAUGAAGAGGAAGUAUUUGAUUCGAUUGUCAACGAUGAAGUACGUUAUCCCCGCUUCUUAUCUUUAGAAGCUAUAGCCAUAAUGAGAAGGCUUCUAAGGAAAAAUCCCGAAAGACGCUUAGGUUCCUCGGAGCGUGACGCUGAAGACGUUAAGAAGCAAGCAUUUUUCCGUUCCAUUGUAUGGGACGAUUUACUCUUGCGUAAAGUUAAACCACCGUUCGUGCCCACAAUAACCCAUUUGGAAGAUGUUUCCAAUUUCGAUGAAGAAUUCACUUCGGAGAAACCCCAACUAACACCGCCAAAGGAACCCCGUUUAUUGACUGAAGAAGAACAAAUGUUCUUUCAAGAUUUUACCUACACAGCAGACUGGUCUUAAUUGCCAAACAGUUUUAUUCUUACUUUGAAGAAAAUCAACAACAAUAUAACGUUUUACAAAAAAAUAUAACGUUUUAUCAUAUUUUUGUAUGUGCAUAGAGUUGAAGAGCGGCAAGCUGUGCACUUUGCGCAGGUGUGUUGUGAUUCUUAUUUAAUUAAUAAGUUUAUUUUUUUUUUUAUAUUCGUUACCAUUUAAAUUAAUUUUAUUUCAUAUCUGUAGC